AAAUACGAUGAAAAUCCUGGUUUUAUGACCUUAUAAUGUUUCUUUGCAGAGUCGCAAGAUACUAUUUCAAAUGGUUGGCCAGGGUUGAUCUCCCUUCACUUAGAGGACUGUGGUGAAGUAACUGCCAAGGGUGUCACUUUGCUUAUGAAUUGUCAAGCACUUGAAGAUCUUUUACUACGUCAUAAUGGCCUUGGAAUAGACAGAAAUUUUAUUAUCUGUGCCGCUUCAAGGAUGCCACUGCUUCGGAAGGUAGCACUUGAUGUUUGCGAUGCAAAGGAUGGUGACUUUGAUCUUCCAGAUUUUACUGACAGGCGCUUCUUAAGCAUUGUGAAAAUAGCAAGAUGCAAUUUAAAAAGGCGCACUUUAUAUUCCAUUGAAUCGGGGCCUUGCACAACUCCAGUGCAUGCAGAAACUUUGAUAUUGACAUGGGACAGUGAGAAACUCUCGAGAACUGUUGUCAAGGAAAGAUUAUAGCAAUUAUGGUGAGAAAUGCUAAUGUGGCGACUUGAACGUAUGCACAUUUACUGGAAUGAAGCUUUGGUAGCAAAGCGGUCAAGUCAUAUUGCUGGGCUCGUGGAGUCUCUGCAUGAAAAUAUUAGGAGUUUGAACUCCUAAUACAAAGAGCUCUAAUGCAAUACUUGGUAUUCUUGGUCUGUUGCAACCUUUUUUAUUAAGUUUUAAAGGUGCCUCAGUUUGGUUUAACACAAAAUAGGGAAGCACAUUUGCACUUGUGAAACCAGCAUAUUAGAUUAUUUCUGCAACCAGUCUUGCCUUAAUUUCUUGGGUGGGGUGAUGCAACAUUCCUCAAAUCUAUAAAAAUUUCAAGACACGCUCAAUAUAGAAUUUAAUUUUUUUAA